AACUUUUCAUUUGUUUUUAGUACAAUAGACUAAAGGUCUUUUCAUCCAAAAAUUCGGCUGUAUGGGCUAUAUCUUUUUACACAUGCAAUUAGAAAAGUCAAACAAAAAUAUCAAAAUUAGAUAUUUGGCAUAGAUAACAUUACACAUCUACGAGUAUUUGGUGAUGAAAAGGCAAUUCAAUCGUGAUAAAUAACAAAGAGAAUGGAUAAUAGGAUAUGGUCUGCGGAAGAGGAGGCGAUAAUCGCGACGAACACGGAGGCUACCGAGUGCAAGCGAUGUGCCGUCGAAUUAGGCUACUGGAAGGAUGAUUACAUUGGAUACUUCGCUAAACAUGUUGACCGAAAAGCACCAGAGAUCAAUCGGGGAUACUACGCCAGGGUCAAGGGGGUCGAGAUGUUCAUACAUCAAUUCUUGGAGAGAUGUGAUACUAAAUGCCAGAUUAUAAAUCUUGGCUGUGGAUUCGACACUCUUUACUGGAGACUGAAGGACACGACACAAGCAGUUGGCAAUUUUAUAGAGUUGGAUUUUCCAGCUGUUACUGCAAAGAAGGCUCAUAUCAUCAAGCGCAACAAAGCACUACUGGAAAAGAUUUGUAAUGAAGACGGCGAAGUGGUAAUUCGCGAGGGCGACUUGCACUCGGACGGUUACCACCUGGUGGGGUGCGACCUGCGCUGCCUCACCGACGUGAAGCGCAAGCUGAGCGUCGCCGCCGCGGGCGCGCCCACGCUGGUGCUGGCGGAGUGCGUGCUGGUGUACCUGCGCUCCGACGCGGCCGACGCGCUGCUGCGCCACCUGGCGGCCGCCUUCCCGCGCUGCGUGCUGCUCACGUACGAGCAGUGCAGCCUGGACGACAAGUUCGGCGAGGUGAUGGCGCGCAACCUGCGGGGCCGCGGCGUGGCGGCGCCGGGUCGCUCGCACGCGCUGGGCCCGGCGGACGGCGCGGCGCGGCUGCAGACGCUGGGCUGGGGGCGCGCGCGCGCGUGGGACAUGGUGGCGGUGUGGCGCGCGCUGCCGGACGAGGACCGCGCGCGCGUGGAGCGCCUGGAGAUGCUGGACGAGCGCGAGCUGUUGACGCAGCUCAACUCGCACUACGCGCUGGCCGUGGCGACCACCUGCGACCUGUUCGCCGACAUGGACCUCAAUGCGUGAGAGUUCGAUCUCAACACAUUUUUUUAAUUACAUUUCUAAGGACCGCGAGCAGUCAUUAUUCUGCUCUUGUCUAACGUGAACAAAUUAAAAAAUAAAUGUAAGACUUUCGGGACAGUCAAGUGUCACAACAGUUCAGGAGGGGUCGGCUCUGGGGGAUCUGAUCAGUCACAACUCACAACUCAUCAACUUUAACGUGAAUUUAAAAUUUGAGCUUUACACACUAGCUUAUAAUUUAAUUACUUUAUUAAUAUCUGUAAUGCCCGCGUGAUGCAAUUUUGUUUAAAGGUGGUGUCGCAGUCGAUUGUUUCAGAUAAUUGCAAAAAUGGAUUAUUACAACUAUAUAACUGCAUUAAAACACGUCACAUAAUAAAUAAUAUACAAACGGUGUAAGGAGUCUGGAAGCGAAACGACAGAAAAUAGUUCAUUCAUUAUGUUCACGUAUGUCGAGCGCGCAAUGUAGCGCGAGGCAGCGGCUCGUUGUUCGCCUUACAUUGCGCGCGACAUGAAGCGGGAUUUCCGUCCCGGGCACUGCAGCUGCGGAUGGCAACGACGAUCAUGAGAUGAAACGGAAUUAUUUCAAAAAAAAUUAAAUAAGAAAAAUUUCUCAGUAAACAAAUAUUAAACUUUAAAACUGUUUUCAAGACAUUCGAUCGCCUUUUCAGCCAAAAUUAGUAAUUUUCACAGUAAACAUUGAAUAUUGAGUAAGUGGACGCGCAGUGGUACCCCGGGGGCGCCCCCGGCCGGGCACCGGUGUUUGUGCUGAAGAUCUCGCAUUUAUCAUUUUAUCCACUUUAAACUUUAAAUAGCAAUUUCAAAAAAUAGUAAAAAUUAGACUUGCCGAUUUAAAUAAACACAAUAUAGGGGCUUGAGCUGCCUCUGUUGUAUUGUUACAAUAUUGGGCACCCGUACCUGAACUGUUGCCAGCUGCCAAAUGUAAUAACUCUGUCUGAAACUAUUUAAAGCUAGAAAAGUAUUUUUUUAUUAAUAACCGAAUUUAAGAUUUGUUACUCUUUGAAAUCACGUAUUGUUCGGGAUUUAUCUCCCGCGAUGAUGCAGGCGCACGGUGAGCAGGAGUCAGGAGGACCAGCUCCGGGGCUUAUGAACGAACAUACACGCUCACUUCUGCCAUGUGCAUAGCGGGGCAGAGCGGGGCGGCCACGAUGUGUCGCCUUGAAUGAACUGAUCCUCAAAAACACUAAAAUAUUUAAUAAUUAAUGUUACCAGAAAGAAAAAAGUCUAUAUAACUAAAAAAGUUCAAGUAUGUUUGUAAUUGUUCGCAAGUUUCGCGAGCAUCACAUCAUACAGCUAUAUAGCCUCCCCCGGGCCCCGGCUCCGGCCGCGCCCCGCGUGCUGUGGACGAGUCGUUUGUCAAAAUAACUAACCCUAACCACAAUGCAUUAUGCAGUAACUGACAAAAAUGUUUUUGUCUGUUAGUUCCGACUGAUGCCCGACACGUCCGCGGCGACCGCGCGGCCUCGCCGGCGGACAAAGCCGUUGUAAAGGGUGCCGGGGGUUAACUUGCUUAAUAAAUAUAGUGAUGAAGCUUAAAACAAUAAUUAAGAUCUUAAUAAUUAGCCCGGCAGCAUUAAUUAACGUUAUAUUUACACGAGGCCGCCCGCGCCCUCUGCGCUCGCGAGCUCAUUGUUACAUGUAUAAGUGUUAUUUAUAAAUAAAUAAAUGCUGGAUUGAAGUAAAA